AUGGGGCGGCUGCGCCUGCGCUGGCUGCGGCGCUGCUGCAGAUGCCGCUGCUUCUCGCCGACAGUCGUCGCGGCAAUGGGGUCGCCGGAGGUGAUGGCACUCGGCGGCGAGACUGAGCGCUCCGAGCUGCGCCACUGGUCUGGCGUGUCUGCGCUGCACGCGGCGGCGUCCCCUGUGGCCUGUCGGUCGCCAAGUGCGGCGGCUGCGCGGCGCGGGGGCGGCAAAGACUUCGGGGCGUCGCCCUUCUCGCCGCGCCGGCUCGCGCACCCGCCGUACGCCCGCAGGGGGGCCCCGCUGCUGCAUCCCGCGGGUGCCUCCUCUCCCGCGCACCAGCAGCCGGCAGACGACGGCGACGCGCCAGCGAGAGCGAGCGAGGCUGACAGAGCGCCCAGCCGCGCGCCGCUUCUGCCUGCGGCUCCCGCCUCUCCCUCCGCGCGUCCUGCUGCGGCGGCUCCCAGCCCGAGGCCGAGCGGGCUCCACCCCCCCUCGCGGGGCGACUGGGCGGUCCCCUCGCCUCGCUCGGCGCACGGGAGCCUGCACGCUUUAGCCAGCGGCCUCCCAGGCAGCCUCCCACCUGGCGCCCGCUCGCCGCUUGCGCCGCCGUCGCCCGUCUCGCCGUCGCCGGGAGCCACGCUCGACAGCCAGCGACAGUUUGCACGCUUCGCCGCGGGGCGCGGCGCGACUCGGCCGCGCUACGCGACCGCGCCCGAGGGCCGCCACGCGCGAGCCCUCGCGCCUUCAGACCUGCGCGUGCGGGCGCCGCGGCUGGCGGCGGCGCACGCGCUGGGGACGCAGCCGGCGGCGACGACGGGCUCGCCGGGGAGCGCGUCGCCUGGGCUGUCCUCGGGGCGACUGCGCAGGCAGCGCUCGACGUUUGAGCGUUUUCGGCAGCAGCUCAAGACGCGGUACUUUUUCCCCAGCGUCGCGGCCUCGGAGAAGGAUGACUGGGCGACUUUUCGGGAGCAAAUGAUCGAAGAGAGCGAGCGCGAGAGGCUGCAGCACCUGCAGAAGGAGGAGUUCGAGAGCCUGUCGCCCAGGGAACGCGCGCUGUCGCCGAAUCUCUACCUGUUUGAAGCGCCUCCUCUCCCCGCCCUCGCAUCGGGCGCGCGGGCCCUCGGCGCGGAGGGCGAAGUGGGAGAAGGCGACGCGAAGAGCGUCCUCGCCGCGACGGAUCCUGCCGCGCGAGCGGCCAGGCUCUACCCGCUGCCGCCGCCGCGCAUGCAACGCAUGCCGACGCCGCAGCACGUCGAAGCGGAGGCGCAGGGCGAUGUCGCUGGCGGCGGGAGUCGAGCCUGCGCCGAGGCGUACAGACACGGGGCCUCCCGGCUGGAGGACGAGGAUGUCGCCGACUCGCCACCGGCGGACGCCCUCUACUCCACGCAGAAGCCAGAAGAAGUGCAGCGCGGCCUCGCGCGGACUUCUUCGGAGCUCCUCAGAGAGGAGUCUGGGGGGAAAGGACGCGAGAAGCGGAGGAAAGAGCGCGAGUAUGCGGUCGCGCCCGCUGCAAAGGAGAAAGGCUCGCUCGCCGCGGUCGUUCAGCAGAAGAAGAAUGCGCUGCAUAAGCGGAUUUGGGGCGCGCUGAGGAAAAAGAAAUUCAGGGUCUUCGAGGACGCCAUGGCAGAACUGGAAGCGGCCAACCUCAGGCCCGAUGAGGUCACCUUCACGCUUCAUCUCUACGGCACGCUUCUCUCUUCGCGACAUGAAAAUCAACAGGCGUGGGAAGUGCUGGAGCAGAUGAAAGCGGCCAAAGUGCAUCCGACACUGGUGCGCUACAACGAGCGCGUCCUCACUUCGUUUAUGGAACUCGCAGCGCUGGACGCGGAACCUCACCCAGACAACAUCAAGAAGCUGCUGCGGGCGUCCUGGCUUCUUGCAGCUCUUGUGAGGAAUCGAAGGCAACGCUACAUUGCGAGAAAGAAUGCCGCUCUCCGCGAGGAGGGAGUAGGAGAAGAACACUUGCUUUGCCUCCACGACUUAGGCGCCCUAUGGGUCGGCAGUGCGGUCGACCCGCUCUUGCCUCGCGCCGCGCAGCUCGUUCUUCUGCAGGAGCGGCUGAGGGAUCAAAGCAGUCGGAGUCUGUCUGCGGGAGACGGCGCCUUUCCUCUGUUGGGGUCUCCUGAAGAGCAGAAUGAAUCGCGAGAGGCAGAAAUUGCGGCUCUCGCAGCCGUUGUUGCGGAUGCCAGGGCGUCUGUGCAGUCAGGAGCUCUUGCGGCAGCUGCAGUUGGUGCCGCCGAGGCGCUCAGCAAGCAUCCACUCUUCGGUCCGCAUGCAGAGGGCCGAGGCCUCACCGCAGAGUUCUGUGGGCCUGGAUUCGGCGAAGCGGAAAACAGCUUGUUUACUGCAGGCGGUGCGCCUUUGGAAGCGCUCCCUUUCGAUGACAGAAAGUUUGACUUCUCCGUAUUGGAUACACAGACGAGACGACCGGAAGAGGCGAAUCACACGGUCUCUGUGUCCUUGCCAUCGUGGACUGUAGACACCGCUUUAGCGCGUAGACAAUCUCGAGACAGCAGGCGGGUCGUUAGCAGCAGUCGCCGCGGAAAAACAAAACACGGGGCAGACACCGAUUGGGAAGACGUCGACGCCAGUGACGCAGAAAUGAUACCCGGUGAGGGAGUUCGAACGAGCCACGCACACGAUACAGAACACUUGGACAGAGACGAGGAAACUCUGCACGGUGGCGGAGGGCGUGAAGACAGCUUUACGGGAACUUGGGACAUGCAGACUGGAGAAGAAGUAAACAACCGGGGACCCAGCUUAUUCUUCGAAAAAGGCAAAGUGCGUGUUCGGAACUGGAGACACCAACUGCAGAAGCCUGGAGAAAGAGAGCUGUGUCAGCGGAACCGCAGCGGGAAACCGGGAACUUGA